CUUGGAACAACCUUUAAUUAGUUGUUUAUUGGUUGUCCCACAAUGUCCAAGAGUGACAUACGUGAUUUUUUCAAAAACCAGACACUUUUCCUCACCGGAGGUUCCGGCUUUGUUGGCAAACUCAUUUUAGAAAAACUCCUGCGAGAAUGUCCCGAAAUCAAAAAAAUCUUCUUGAUUUUGCGCCCGAAAAAAGGUAAAACGCCCCAAGAACGCUUCGAGGAACUUUUCGAUAUGCCCUGUUUCGAAUUACUCAAAUCGACCAAAAUCAACCUAUCGGAGAAAGUCUUUUUGGUCGACGGUGACUGUCAAGAGCCCUUUUUGGGUCUUAGUGCACAAAAUUUGGAUUUGUUGCGUGAAGAAGUGACGUGCGUGAUCCACGCCGCCGCCAAUGUUAAAUUCGACCAAAGUCUCAAAGAGGCAGCUUUCAAUGUGCGAGCGACUCGAGAUUUGCUCGAGUUGGCCAAACAAAUGCCCAAUUUGAAGAGCUUCGUCUACGUCUCGACUGCUUAUUCCAACUGUCUCAAUCCUCAUAUUAAGGAAGAUUUCUACGAACCACCUCUGAAACCUGAAAAUUUACUUUCUGUAGUAAAUUCCCUCGACGAUGAUGUUUUAACCAAAAUAACACCCUCUUUAUUGGGCCCAUGGCCCAACACUUACAUCUACACCAAAUCCAUAACUGAGGAUUUAGUCAAAUCAACUAGUACUAGCCUCCCUAUUGCUAUAGUACGGCCAGCUAUCAUUGUAGGUGCAAUCAAAGAACCAGUCCCCGGAUGGAUUGACAACUUUUAUGGAGUUGUUGGUAUAGUCCUAGCUGCAUCUUUGGGUGUUUUAAGGAGUUUAAAUGCAAAACUAGACGCCGUAGCACCCAUAGUACCGGUCGAUUAUGUCGCCAAUGUUAUCAUAGCUGCGACUUUUAAAACGGGAAAAGACCAACCGAAAUUUCCUGUCAUUUACAACUACGCGCGGUUUGGUAAAGAUAAUGAACUCACUUGGGACCAGUUUAUGAAAAUGAUAGAACCUGAAUGUUGGAACGCCGCGUGUGAUAAAGUCGUUUGGUAUUUUGGCUUCAAAUUACGCGAAAAUAAAAUUUGGCAUGACAUUAAUAUAUUUUUUAAACACACUGUUGUAGCCCACAUCGUCGAUUUUGUGCUUUUUUGUAUCGGAAGACCGACUUUAGCUGUGAAAAAUUACGAACGUCUCAAUAAACUACUCAACUUGAUUUCGUAUUUCUCGACCCGAAGUUGGAUUUUCGAUAUUGAUAAUACUAUGAAAUUGUGGCAGGAGUUGAGUGAGGAUGAUAAGAAAAAAUUUGAGUUUCWUUUGGAUACAGUGGACUGGAAUUCUUUUGCCCACGACUGUGUUUUCGGAGGGAGAAAAUUCCUUCUAAAAGAAAAUCUUGAUACUAUUCCGAGAGGAAAACGGAAAAUCAAAAUAUUGUUUGUUGCUCAUUAUACCCUAAUGGCCAUAUUUUGGUUUUUAAUGUAUAAGUUUGUAAGGUUUUUAAUAGGCUUUUUGUUCUAAUUGAUUUUUAAUAAAGUUAGUUAAAGAAACUAAAAAAAAAA